AUGGCUUCUUCAGAUCCGACGUAUACGGUUUUCAUCCGAUUACCAUUUCCCCGUGGAAACUUUGUGGAUCCUCCGCCGGUCAACUGGGAUCCUUCCAAGGAUGAGGCGCUCUGGAAUAUUGUUUCUGGUGUUUCCAAGACUGAUAUAGAUUGGAAUGAAAUUGCUGCACGUUUCAAUGUCAACGUCGAUUUCCUCCUCCAACAAGUCGCCUUUCUUACCGAACGACAUACAUCACAAGUUCGAGCCCAGCUUCGCAAAGCGGCAGCCGCAGCCAAAGGGUCAUCAGCCAGUUCUCCGGCACCUGGUGCUGAUCCCGCAUUAACGGGCGAUGGACUCCAGCGAACGAGCUCAGCGGCUGGCCGACCGAGAGCCCCUUCCGCCCUUUCGCUUAGAAAGGACUCGCCUCUACCGCGAAACGAUGGCAGUACCCCGGGCACACCGCUGCGUGCAACACCACGCCCGCAAGCCGCCCGAAAGACAUCGUCCAACACAGGUUCCGUCUACGCGACUCGAAAUCUAGGAGGCAGCAGCAAGGCAAACAUCAGAUCGGGAGACGCGCAGAGGCGCAGACUUUCUUCCCUCCCACUAAGCACGACUGCCGCUACCCCCGAAGUCGAGCCCGAUCCUUCGUCGCCCGGCCCCGCAGACACUAGCUCCGCCGCCUCGUCUUCGGAUGAGUCCAGUCCGGCGCAGUCCCGAAUCAUCCGUCGACCGCCCAUAUCCUAUGAUGAUGACGACGAUGAAGAGGAUGACGAACCGGCGUUCAUGCCAUAUAGGGCACAGAAAGAAGGGUCAGCUGGUGGACAGCAUGAUCUCAGCGCUACGCUGAGGGGAAACCUCCCGAGAAAACAGCCAAAACAACAUGGCAAGAUACACUUAUCCCAGACCUCUGACUCUUCGACAAGUUCUGCCGCUCCAAUGCCACGAGGCUUGGCUGGAGGUAAGGCUGGGUUGGGGUCACCCUUGUCCCCCCGUCGGACCCAGGAGCUUGCGGGCAGAAGUCCUAUCGGAAAAGGCAAGGGUUAUUCGCGAGACAGUGAUGGCACACCUAGUAUGGGAAGCAGCUUUAGCGAUCUCGACGAUGCUUCUGUGACUCAGUCGGCGUUGGAAGAAGCGCUGGCAAGCAGAAUACAGGAUGGUGGAAUUGGAAGCCGCAUGAGUACUAUCAGUAAUGUCUUUCGGAGUCGCUAUCUUCCAAAGUCCAACAAUCCUUGA